GUAUCUACUUUUCUACGUGGCAUAUAAUGUCUUGUACUGAGAUGCGAAACUAGUGGAACGUUUCGCCUUGUGAAAAAAAGUUUGUGCACUUAAUUGUAAAAUUUAGUACUUGUACUGCCUCCAAGAGGCCAUUCCUUUAAUUUGGUGAAGUCAUAUCUGCGUAAAACGUUUUAUACGGCGCGUAAGAAAUGAUGAAUCAACGUCCUCCUAUGACAGGUCAAAGGAAUAUGCCAUUCGAUGGGCCAGCAAAGGGUGUGGGAGAUAAUUUUAUGGCAAAUGCAGGCAGUUUUCCUCCUCAUCAAGGUCCAUCUAACGCAAUGGCGAAUGGCCCUCAACAAGUCCAGAUGAAUGGUGUGAGUUCCCAACAGGAUCCCAAUCGAUAUCAUCCCGGUUAUUAUCAACAACCAAAGCAGCCACUUCCUCCUAAGGCUGGUGACCAGUUUCAAGGUUCCCCUAUGCAACAACCAAAUCAGCGACUUUCACCCUCUCCUCACCAGCCAAUUAAUUCUUCACCUACCCCUCCUGAUCAACAGAAGCAACAGUUCCCUCCUGUUUCCCAGCAUCAACAGCCCCCUAAGCCUGGAGAGUUACCUCAGCAACAACAACCACAGUCAAGACCCCCACAACAGCAGCAGCCACAGAGACCUGGAGGCUUCCCAUACCAGCAGACACAAUCACAACCAGGGGGUCCCUCUCCUUAUCAACAGCCUCAGAGACCUGGAAUGCCCCCUCAGCCUUUAAGACCAAUGGCACCCACUCAAGGGCAACAGCCACCAAGGCCAGGUGGAGGAAAUCCAGCUCAGCGGUAUCCACCUCUGCCACAAGGACAUACUUCUGGACAUCAGCAUCAACAGAUGACUCAGCAAAUGAGCAACUUGAAUAUCACUAGUUCCCAAAGCCAACCAUCAUCAUCUCAACAAGCAAACUUAGGAAGCUGGCCUCCCCAGCCAAGUACCACGCAAGUACCAUUUGGUGGAACACCAACAACAGCCCCUCAGCCAUCAUACUUGGGUUCCCAGAUGCAACAACCCACAAAUCGACCUCCUGGCCCUCCAACAAUGCCCAGUAUGCCACCAAUGACCCAGCCUGGUUUCCCCCCUCAAACCUCUUCAGGUGCACCUCCUAUGGGAGGCAUGACCCAACCCCCGAUGGGUAGACACAAUGCCACGCAAAUGCAGCCAAUGCCAGGUUCAUACCCUGGUCCCCAGGUUAGUAUGUCAGGUCCUUCUUUUAGUGGUUCUGGAAGUGCUGGACUGACAAGCUUGUCAGGACCAACGCUCAGCCAGGCUGCACCUCCUAGUGGGUCUUCUGGUGCUGGGAUGUCACAUAGUGCCUUGCAUAGUGGUCGGCGCAUGUACCCAGGUCAUGCACCUUCUCAGAGUCCUGUGCAGAAUCAGCCAUCAGGUGGAACUACAGGAAUGGCAUCACAUACAGGCCAGUCAAUGUAUCCUGGGGCACCAACUAUGGGAGGAAUGCCACCAACAGGUCCAGGGCAGCAUGGAAUGGGACAUCCUACACCAAUGAAUGCUCCAAUGCAGCAACAGAGAAGAAUUGAUCCUGAUCAGAUGCCCAGCCCAAUCCAAGUGAUGAAAGAUGACAACGAUGCAUACAAAGACUCACCAUACCUCACAAGUACAAGAGGUAGAACUCCUCCACUGGUUACCAGCAACUUUGUUGUACAGGAUGAUGGAAACUGCAGUCCUCGUUUCAUGAGGAGUACUAUGUAUAAUAUACCAUGUAACAAAGAUUUACUGCAAGCCUCUAGCAUACCCUUGGCAACAGUUAUAACCCCAUUUGCUGAACCAGGCCCUUCAGAGCAAUCCCUUCGCAUCAUGGACUACAGCCCCACAGGACCUGUGCGAUGUAAUCGAUGUAAGGCAUACAUGAACCCCUUCGUACAAUUUGUUGAUGGUGGAAGAAGAUUUAUGUGCAAUAUCUGUUCCUACUCAUCAGAAGUUCCAGCAGAAUACUUCUGUCAUCUAGACCACCAGGGAAUGAGACUCGAUGUCUAUGAAAGACCUGAACUUCAUCUUGGAUCCUAUGAAUUUGUAGCCACUAAAGAUUAUUGUAAGGAUCAAAAGAUGCCUGGUGCUCCUGCAUAUGUAUUCAUGAUUGAUGUGUCAUAUCAAAGUAUGCAGUGUGGGAUGGUUAGAAUGCUCAUGAAAGAACUUAAAGAGGUCUUGGAUGUCUUACCCAAAGAGCAUGGCCAAGAAGCCUCAUCAGUCAGAGUUGGAUUUGUAACAUACAGCAAUCAUUUGCAUUUCUACAAUGUUAAGGGCAACCUAGCACAGCCGCAAAUGAUGGUGGUGUCAGAUAUUGAAGAUGUAUUUGUGCCCCUAGUUGAUGGCUUUUUAGUGAGUCCUCAGGAAGCAAGGACUGUGAUUGAUAGCCUUCUGGUGCAAAUUCCUUUAAUGUUUGGAGAAACAAGGGAAACAGAGACAGUGUUAGGUCCAGUUAUCCAAGCUGGAAUGGAAGCUUUGAAGGCCGCUGGUAUUUCAGGUAAACUGUUCGUUUUCCACUCAUCUCUGCCCAUUUCAGAGGCGCCUGGAAAAUUAAAGAACAGAGAGGACAGAAAACUUCUUGGCUCUGAAAAAGAGAAGGCAAUACUUACACCUCAGAACACCUUUUAUGAGAAACUUGCCAAAGACUGUGUUGCAAAUGGCGUGGGAGUGGAUCUGUUUUUGUUCCCCAAUGCCUAUAUUGACGUUGCAACGAUUGGAUCAGUGGCUACUCUUACAGGCGGACAGAUCUACAGAUAUUCCUACUUCAAGGAGGCGACACACGGAGAACAGUUCCGUGGAGAUCUCAAGAGGAACCUUGAACGUAAUGUUGGUUUUGAUGCUGUCAUGAGACUGAGAUGCAGCACAGGGCUUCGGCCGGUUGAUUUCUGGGGCAACUGUUACAUGAACAACACGACAGAUGUAGAGCUUGCUGUCAUCGAUCCACACAAGGCGAUUGCCAUUGAAAUCAAACACGAUGACAAACUUCCCGAGGAGGGCCAGGCGUAUUUCCAGUGUGCGUUACUCUAUACAUCUGUCAGUGGACAGCGGCGUUUAAGAAUUCACAACUUGGCCUUCUCUACCUGUACGCAGUUAUCAGAUUUAUUCCGUUGUUGUGAGAUGGAUACCUUCGUCAAUGUUGCAUCAAAACAAGCGAUCAGAGAAGUAUACACGUCGACGCCCAAAGCGAUCAGAGAAAACCUGAUGAAUCAAUGUGCACAGAUCUUGGCCUGUUACAGAAGAAACUGUGCUUCACCGUCAUCUGCUGGUCAGUUGAUACUUCCAGAGUGUAUGAAAUUAUUGCCGCUUUAUACGAACUGUAUUUUAAAGAAUGACAUUCUCCUAGGAGGUUCAGAGAUGAGUUCUGAUGACCGUAGUUGGUUGAUGAGAACGGUCAUGUCAAUGGAUCAGGCUGCAUCUGUACCUUACUUCUAUCCAAGACUUUUUGCAUUGCAUGAUCUGAAAGAGGAGUCGUCGGGUCUACCGGCAGUGAUCAGAUGUUCUGCUGAUCGAAUGUCAGAGAAUGGUGUUUACCUGCUGGAAAAUGGAAUAUCCCUGUUUUUGUGGAUUGGACUUCAAGUUGACCCCAACUGGCUCCACCAAGUUUUUGGAGUUCAAACAAUCGGACAAGUCGACAUUGAAAUGACUUCACUUCCAGUCCUUGAUAAUCCUCUCUCUACUCGCUUAAAUGAAAUCAUUCGACUGAUUCAGAACCAGAGACAGCAUUACCUCAAGUUAACCGUCGUACGACAACGCGACAAGCUCGAAGGAUGGUUCAAACAUUUCUUGGUGGAAGACAAAGGUGUUAACCCAGUGGCUCAUAGCUAUGUGGACUUCCUUUGCCAGAUGCACAAGGAGAUCAGAAAUCUGAUGAACUAAGCAAAACUCCAACGACAACAAGAACCUAUCAACAUACCGUGAAGAGAGCGUCAAAAUGGACAUUUCUUCUUUGACCAACGUUACUUUUCGUAGCUGCUCAGAACGACUUCUUUGCCAAGUGUCCAUAAUAAGCGUUUUAAGUGACUGUGAAAAACCAAACGGGAACUGCGAAACGUCUGACAGAGGUCUAUAUUCAUAUUGUAACAUUUGAAUUGUAUACACAGAGUUUAGUUUUUAAAAAAUCAAAACUGAAUGUCACAGGCAGUUUCAUAUGUCGUUACUUGGCGUUCUGUUAGGCGACAUAUGACUCACGAAAGUCAAUUUUGUUUCAAAUGUUCUUGAUAAAGUUGACAGGAAUGGUACUUAUGAGUUGUUUCUUGGCAGUAAAAUGAAACAUAACAACUCCAAAAAUCUAUGCAAUUGUUCCAAAGUAAUUAUCAGUUGUUUUCUUACACUUAUAGAUUAAAACAAACUUGGUGAACAAA